AUUGAUCAAUGUGAUUAGAUAUAAUGUGUUAUGACAAUGCUAAUUAGUUAUAUAUUUGAAUAGAUAAGACAAGCAUAUUGCUCCUCACAACUCGCAAACUAAGCGUCACGAAAGAUGAUCAGAUAUAUGCUCAUAAGAUCAAAACCCUCAACCGCGAAAAGAGUUGGGAGUUGUUCCUAAAGAAGGCAUUCACUGGCAACAAUGGACAAUGCCCCGAAGAAUUGAAGGCUACCGCGAGAGACAUCUUGCAAAAGUGUAACGGUCUACCUUUAGCAAUCACCGUUAUGGGAGGCCUAUUAAAGAAACACGGGCAAUCCAAGGAUGAGUGGACCAAAGUUCUCAAAGGGAUGAACUCUCACUUGAAAACAGGUGAAAGCAGUGUGUCUCAUAUAAUGGAACUGAGCUACCAUGAUUUGCCUCCGCAGCUCAAGUCGUGCUUCCUGUGCCUGGGCUUCUUCAAGGAAGACGCGACUAUUCGCGCGGAGAAAUUGAUCCAAGUGUGGAUUGCACAAGGCUUGAUCCCACCAAAGGAAGACAAAGACGAAACCAUGGAGGAGAUAGCAAGGGAUUAUCUAGACGAGUUGAUCAAUCGGAACAUGAUUCAAGUGAAGGAUACAACCAAAGAUGAUCGCGUGAAAAACUGCCUCAUCCACGAUUUUCUUCACGAUCUAGCCAUCACAAAAGCCAAGGAGGAAAUACGUCUUGAGAUCCUAAGAGAUGAGGGAGGGGGUUCUCAAUCCUCACAGAAAUCUCGCCAUCGUGUUAUCUACUGUGGCACUGAGACGCCCGUUUUCUCUUCUCAGAAAAACAACCAUAUCCGCUCUCUUUUCUUCCACGGACACGGCAAUAACAUUUUUGGCGGUUCAACUGUUUGGAAGAAUUUUCAACUCCUCAGGGUACUCGACUUUGAAAACGCUGGCUUGGAAUUUUUGCCUGACGCAAUUGGCGAAAUAGUCGGAUUAAGGUACUUGGGGUUAAGAAACAACGACAUAAAGGAGCUUCCAAGCUCGUUUAGUCGCCUUAAAAACCUCCAGGUCCUUGAUAUAUCACUCAACUUCUCAAUGGAAGUGCCAAACAUUAUAUGGAAAAUGAUUAGUCUGCGUCACCUUUAUAUGUCCAGAAUCACUUGUCAGGCGUCUCCAAAAGUCGACUACCUCAAGAAUCUCCAGACAUUGACCUACAUCCCGACGCCUCGUUGGACGCGCGAGCACACAACACGAAUGACCAGCCUCCGUAAAUUGGGCUUAGAGCUAGAUGAAAAGUCGGAUAUAAUCAAUCUGUUCGACUCACUAGCUAUGCUGGCGAAUCUUCUGUGUUUAAACCUCCGAUGGUAUGGCAACCACGACAUAUUGUUCGAGGACGGGCUACGCAAGCUGCCUUGUCUCACUCAACUCAAACUGCAGGGCAAAAUGACCGAAUUGCCCACCGUCGGUAAUUUCCCUCCAAAUCUUUCUCACUUGAGUUUGAUUCACACGGCUCUUGAUAAGGAUCCGAUGCCCGUAUUGGAGAAGCUGCCCAAGUUGGUGUACCUCAAAUUGGAUGGCGCGUUCACCGGCGAACAAAUGACGAUCACGAGAGAUGGGCUACCGAAACUCAAUGUCCUCUCACUCAGGGAGCUGAUUAAGCUGAGGAAAAUACGCGUCGGAGCGCGUGGAAUGUCGGAUCUUAGAAGAUUGGAAAUCCAUAGAUGCCCUCAUCUCGAUAAUCUUCCCGGAGAGCUCGAAUUUAUGGAGCAGCUCGGGGAGUUGAAAAUGGUGACGACCGAAGAAAUCGUAUCGAAGCUACGAUAUAAUCAUUCACGCAUUUUCUCCCGUAUACCAUCUCUGCAUCUAGUUAGUGUUACAUUAAAAGAUUGAGUUGAUACAAUAGUAGCAUUUGAAAAAAAAAAAAAGUGUACCUGUAACACUUAAAAGUCUGUAAUUCUUUAUUUUUUUCCCU